UGCCUUCCCCACUUCCCGUUUUUAGGCUCUCUAAAUUUCCAUAAUGACCGUUUCAUGAACUUAUUGGUAUUAAUGCCAUAAAGCAUCAGUUUAACAAGUAUUUUUGCUGCCUAGCUACUCCGCCCACUUCGAUCACCAGAUCAUAUCGGAAUGGGUUUCAAAGAUCUUCAUCUCAAGCUAGCCAAGCGGUUUGGGCUGGGGAGAUUUCUGGGCAGAGACGGCGGCGGCGGCGGCGGAAAUGAUGAGAAGGGGAAGAGGUUUUCAUGGAUGACGCCGGUAUCGCAUGGCUACUAUGCGGCGGAGGGUGAUGAUGAUGAGGUGGUGGUGCAACGUGAACAGGUGGAGGACAAUGAGUGGUGGUUCUAUGGAGUUUUGCACGCUAGGAUUGGUGCUGGAGUUACUGAGUACUUGCAGGACAAUUUGUUCAACAACAACCUCAAUCAGUCACAGAUGAGAAGGAAGAGCAAGGAAACAAUGAAGAAGGCACACCUGAGGGCAAGAGCAAAGAUCAUGGAAACCGCAAAGGGAUCAUGCAAGGUUGGUUCAGCAUCUGCAAUUGUGAUCAAUGGAGAGAGGCUUGUAAUAGCAAAGAUGGGCGAUUACAAAGCCGUCAUCUGCAAAGAUGGGGAGGCCUUCCAAAUUGGUACAAGGCACUGGCAGCAGAAGAGACAACAUUGGUCCAAUAAACUCUUUCCAGGAGCUAUAAGGUUUCCUAGAAUGCAAACAACAAAUGCCUCUGAUACAAGCAAUACAGAUGAAUCCAAGGACUUUAAAAGCUUAGAACUGGCUGUUGCAUGUGAGAGAAUAGAUGGUAACACCGAAUUUGUCAUCCUUGCAAGUACUGGUGUGUGGGAGGUUAUGAAGGAGCAAGAGGCUGUGAACCUGAUCAGGCACUUUGAGAACCCGCAAGCAGCAGCUGAAUGUUUAGCAAAAGAGGCUUUAACCAGGAUGAGCAAAAGCAAGAUUGCUUGUUUGAUCAUUUGGUUUGACUGAAGCUGCAAAACAUCAUUCUUAAAUUUCAGAAACAGGAAUCUGGAAUGCUGAAAGUAAAAUAGUGGAUGUAGAGAAGUGUUUAUCGAUUAGUUUAUGGUACUUCUUGGUACAUGAUACAUAUAGGCCCUUUUAUGUAAACCCUAUUUGUAGGGGAUUUAAUGGCCAGAACAACCACUAAUUUCAAGCUGAA